UCUAUGGAGAAUGGCUCAGAGAUUAAUGAAUUCAUUUUUCUAGGACUAACAGAUACCCCAGAGCUUCAGAUUCCCCUUUUUAUAAUAUUCACCCUAAUCUAUAUCAUCACAUUGGUGGGAAACCUGGGAAUGGUAGCCCUGAUCUUUUGGGACUCCCGUCUCCACAGCCCCAUGUACUUCUUUCUCAGUAACCUCUCUCUGGUGGAUUUUGGCUACUCCUCAGCUGUUACUCCCAAGGUGAUGGCUGGACUCCUCACAGGGGAUAAGGUCAUCUCCUACAAUGGAUGUGCUACACAAUUGUUCUUUUUUGCAACAUUCACUACUGUUGAAAGUUUCUUCCUAGCUUCCAUGGCCUAUGAUCGUCAUGUGGCUGUGUGUAAGCCUCUUUAUUAUACUAUGACAAUGACAUCAGGAGUAUGUACACGGUUAGCUGUUGGUUCCUACAUCUGUGGCUUUUUGACUUCCUCUGUGAGUGUAGGAGAUACUUUUAGCCUCUCCUUCUGUAGUUCCAAUAUAGUUCAUCACUUUUUUUGUGAUAUUCCCCCUCUCCUGGCUCUUUCUUGCUCUGAUAUCCACAUUAAUGAGUGGGUGCUCUUUAUAUUAGGGGGAUUCAAUAUCUCUUUUGCCCUCAUGGUCAUCUUCACAUCUUAUCUCUUUGUCCUUGCUGCCAUUCUGAGAAUCCGUUCUGCUGAGGGCCGGAAGAAAGCUUUCUCUACCUGUGCUUCCCAUCUCAUAGCAGUGUCCAUAUUCUAUGGGACAAUCACUUUCAUGUACCUGCAACCAAGCUCUAGUCACUCCAUGGAUAUAGACAAAUUGGCUUCUGUGUUUUAUACUAUGGUUAUUCCAAUGCUGAACCCACUGGUCUACAGCUUGAGGAACAAGGAAGUCAAGAAUGCUUUCAGGAAAAGCUUUAGAUCUUCAUUCUUGGGCAUCACAUCUUUACUUCUCCCUACUGGACAACAUGUAUCUCAUUCCAGCUAG